CAGUGGCUUUGUCACUCAUUCGUUGAACAGUGUGCUGGCGCAGGUCUUCUGCUGUUACUACAUCGAUAAUAAACUAGAAAUACUACCAAUCUGCCAUACAAAAAAAUAAAUAGCUAGCGAUAUGGGAAUGUAUUGUUUUUAAAAAUAUCAAGAACAACCACAUACUACAGGGACCACAUUCUUUAUUAAGCCAUUUGCGUGGUCUAAUCAAGGAGUUGCAAUGAUCCACGCGAAGGAUAUCAUUUUAGCCUUCCUUCUCGUGGGCUCUACAGUUUGUCUGGAAGUGGAGAUCACCCCCACCCAGGGAGAGAUCAGUGUCGGAGAGUCCAAGUUCUUUCUGUGUGAAGUUGUUGGGGUAGCAAAGGAGAUUGACUGGUAUUCGCCGAGCGGGGAGAGGAUAGAGCCCAACAAACCAGAGAUCACCGUAACCCGAAACGACGAGUCCUCGUCCACGCUCACGCUCUACAAGGCCGGGGUGGACAGCGCUGGGACCUACAAGUGUCUGGCCACCAACGGAGACCAGUCAGCAGAAGCCACCGUCAACGUCAAGUUCUACCAAAGGAUCACCUUCAAGAACGCCCCCUCCCCCCAAGAGUUCAAUGAAGGGGACAACGCCAAAAUUGUGUGUGACGUCAUCAGCUCCCCUCCCCCCACCAUCAUCUGGAAACACAAAGGAGCGAAGAUUCAGAUGGAGAAGGAUGUCCGCUUUAAGAUCCUGCCUAACAACCACCUGCAGAUCCGAGGCAUCAAGAAGACAGACGAGGGGUCGUACACCUGCGAGGGCCGCCUCAUGGCCCGGGGAGAGAUCGACCUCAAGAUCAUCAGGGUCAUCGUCAACGUGCUCCCUACCAUCCGGGUGUGGCAGUCUGAGGUGAAUGCCACAGCAGGCGUGGGCCAGUCUGCCAUGUUGACCUGUGCAGCUGAUGGAUACCCAGAGCCAAUGGUGACCUGGGCAAGGGCCGGUGUUCUUCUGGAGUCAGGAGACAAGUACAGCUUUAAUGAGGACGGUUCAGAGAUGACCAUCAUGGAGGUGGCCAAGCUGGAUGAGGGAGAGUACACCUGCAUCGCUAAGAACAAGGCUGGGGAGAGCGAACAGGAACUCAGCCUCAGGGUGUUUGUGAAACCUAAGAUCACCUUCCUGCUGAACCAGAGCACGUCUGAGAUGGAGGAGCAGGUGACUCUGACCUGUGAGGCGUCAGGGGACCCCACCCCCACCAUCAACUGGAGCUUCGGCCUACGCACCUUCACUGAGGGAGAACAGAGUCUGGAUGGGAACGUCGUAGUGAGGAGUGAUGCUCGUGUGUCCUCCCUCACGCUGAAGUACGCCAAGUUCACCGACGCUGGCCAGUACCUCUGCUCUGCACGCAACGCCAUCGGAGUGGAUUCUCAACCCGCCUACCUGGAAGUCCGCUAUGCCCCUAAGAUCCAGGGCUCAGUGACAGUGUAUACCUGGGAGGGGAAUGCAGCUAACAUCAGCUGUGAGGUCCUGGCCCACCCCAGUGACGUGUCCAUGCUGUGGCUGAGAGACGGGUUUCAGCUUCCCAACGCUAACGUCACCAAAGCCAAGGUUUUCCAGAGCCCCACAGCCAGCUACCUGGAGGUCACCCCAGAGUCUGAGAAUGACUUUGGGAGCUACAACUGUACUGCUUCCAAUGAGAUGGGCACAGAAUCCAAGGAGUUUCUCCUCAUUCAGGCUGAUGUCCCGUCAGCCCCGUCCCUCGGGGGGGUGGAGCCGUUCUCCAGCUCAGCCAGGGUGGAGUUCCAGGAGCCUGACGCCACCGGGGGUGUACCCGUCCUCCGGUACCGGGCUGAAUGGAAGACUGUGGGCAGGGGCACCUGGGUGCAGAAGGUCUAUGAGGUCCAAGGAGGAACUCUGAGUGAAGUUACCAUCAUAGGCCUGAAGCCUGAGACCAACUAUGAGGUGAAGAUGUUAGCCAUCAACGGCAAGGGAGAGGGUGAAACUAGCCCCGCUCUGGUCUUCAAGACAGAGCCUGUCCGGGAACCUGAACCGCCUAAGCUGGAGGGAACACUUCAAACCAAAGGCAACUCCCUCAAAGUCAACUGGAUCAAGCAGGACGAUGGAGGCUCACCCAUCACACACUACCUAGUCCGCUAUAAACCAAAGCAUCAGACCGACUGGAAGCCAGAGAUCCGGCUGCCCAGUGGCAGUGAGUAUGUGGUUCUGAGCGGACUGGAGUGGAACACAGAGUAUGAUGUGUUUGUGGUGGCAGAGAACCAGCAGGGGAAGUCCCAACCUGGAACCUUGACCUUCAGAACCUCUCCAGAACCCGCUGCCAUUCCAGAUAUAGACGGGGAGUCUGCCCUCUCCACGGGCAUCAUGGCAGGGAUCCUCAUCUUGGCCUUCGUCCUGCUGCUCCUGGCUGUGGACGUCACCUGCUACUUCACAAACAAGUGUGGCCUCAUCAUGUGUCUGUGUGGCAAGCCAGGCAGCGGGGCCAAGGGACACAACCUAGAACAGGGCAAGGCUGCAUUCAUAAAGGACGAGUCCAAAGAGCCGAUAGUGGAAGUGAGGACAGAGGAUGAGUGCACAGCCAAUCACAAUGCAGGAGGACCCACGGAACCCAAUGAGACCACACCCCUUACAGAGCCAGAGCUGGCUGCCCUGGCUCUGGACACCCUCUCGUCUGUAGCCACCAUCUCUGACACAGCCAACACAAUCUAUGACCCCGCCCAGGACAGCCCCUCUAGCGAGAGCACCGCACUCACCUGUAGCCUGUCUGCCCCCUCUACUGACCCCCUGUCUACCCCCGUUACUGACCCCCUGCCUGCCACUGCCCCCGCCCCGGCACCCACCUCAGAGUCCAACACGCCCCCCAACCCCCUCAUCUCCACCUCUGACAUCACAGCAAUCCCUCUGUUAGACCUUCUAGAAGACAGCUCUCCUAGAGCAGAGGACAAAAUGUCUGCCACUGCUGUUAGUGCCACAGAUUGCCCUAAAUCUCUUAAAAAGUCCCCUAUUCCAAUACCACCUAGGCGUCGAAACUCUAACAGACCUGCUCCUUCUCCUCCCACUCCCAAGAGCCCCACACCAACCCACUUCACCACUGUGGUCUCCAGGAAAUCUGCCCCAGGCAGUCCCUCCCUUGCCCCCUCCACUGCCUCUCCUAUCCAAAACACGAGGAAAGCUGCUCCCUCUCCUUCUCCUAUGGCGUUCACUUUCCCAGCCUCUGACACCUCCACCGAUAAACCUGCACCUACUGCCACCAGCACUGUUACCCCUGUCCCUGGUACCCCUACUGUCCUGGGCUCUAGUACACCUGACCCUGACAAACCUGACUCUACUACCAAAGACACUCACACUCCUGCCCCUAAUAUAGACCCCACUACCACUCCCACAUCUGUCCCUAAUAUAGACCCCACUACCACUCCCACAUCUGUCCCUAAUAUAGACCCCACUACCACUCCCACAUCUGUCCCUAAUAUAGACCCCACUACCACUCCCACAUCUGUCCCUAAUAUAGACCCCACUACCACUCCCACACCUGUCCCUAAUAUAGACCCCACUACCACUCCCACAUCUGUCCCUAAUAUAGACCCCACUACCACUCCCACAUCUGUCCCUAGUGCUCCUACUACUGCCUUCAAUGCUGAUGUAACUGCUGCUAUCGUUCAUGAGGACACAACUAAAUGUGCCCUUGUUUUCCCAGACAUUCUCACUCUUACUCCUGCUCCCACACCUGCCCCUAAUGCUCCCACUGCUCUGAGCUUUACCACACCUGCUGCCCCCACGGUCACUAUCACACCUGCCUCUACUACCUGCGACACCCCAACACCCACCCUGACCCCCCACAUACCCAUCACCACAGAGCCCCAAGCCCCAGAGAUACAGUUUGAGUUGACCAAUGGGGUGGCGACUAAGAGCCCCUCCCUGCCGCCAGCAGGGUCCACUGGGUUUCAGAGUAGUCCCACUCCCUCCCCUGCCCCUGUCCCUUCCUCCUCCUCCUUCCAGGCUAACGGAGACGGGUUCGGGGCAGACCUCCAGGCCUCAGGCCCUCCUGCUCUGGAGGAGUUAGACAGUCUGGCCAAGGCUGCUCCACUCAACAACGAGAAGAUAUUUGGAGAUGAGAAGAGUAAAGUGGAGGAGGUGAAGACAGCCCAGUCAGAGGUGACCACAGAACACAACGAUGUCACACAGACAAGCGACAGCAAGGCAUGAUUGGGCAGCCUCAGCCAACCCAAGAUGGCGGCGGCAGCAACACUCAUUACAGUCUGCAGCAGUUUUUCUUUCCAGUGCCCUUUCUGCAUUUCCAGAACAACAUGUGUCUGUGCAAUAGAGUCCAUUAGAGCACAAUCUGGUUGUGCAAAAGUCAAAUAUUCUCACGUAUGAUUUGUUUUGCUACACCCAUUGAACACUAAAGAACACAAUUUGAGUGAUCUCAAGUGGUAUAGGAAACAACAUUUCUCAGAGUUAUAAUUGUUUUCAGUGUGGUUGCAGAUAAACAAUGGAUUAUUCAGGAACAUAACACUGAGUGUACAAAACAUUAGGAACACCUUUCUAAUAUUGAGUUGCACCCCCCUUUGCCAUCAGAACAGCCUCAGUUCUUCUGGGCAUGGACUCUACAAGGUGUCGAAAGAAUUCCACAGGGAUGCUGGCCCAUGUUGACUCCAAUGCUUCUUACGGUUGUGUCAUGUUGGCUGGAUGUCCUUUGGGUGAUGUACCAUUCUUAAUACACACGGGAAGCUGUUGAGUGUGGAAAACCCAGCAGCAUUGCAGUUCUUGACACACUCAAAUGAGUGUACCUGGUAAAUACUAUCAUACCCCAUUCAAAUGCACUUCAAUAUGUUGUCCUCCGCAGUCACCCUCCGAAUAGCACACAUAAACAAUCCAUGUCUCAAUUGUCACAAGACUUCAAAAUCCUUCUUUAACCUGUCUCCUCCCCUUCAUCUACACUGAUUGAAGUGGAUUUAACAGAUGACGUCAAUAAUAGCCUUCACCAGGAUUCACCUGGUCGGUCUGUCAUGGAAAGAGCAGGUGUUUCUAAUGUGUUGUACACUCAAUGUAUAAUAUAUAUAUAUAUAUAUAUGAAGAGAUUGACUAUAUAGACAUUACUUUAUUAUUUCCAUGUUACAUUGUUCAAAUGUUUUGAGGGCUAGUCUCAUCGAAUAGUCUCAUCGAAUAGUUUGUUUGCAUGUCUGAUUUGCAAAUGGUUCUUAAUGUUUUGUUUGAAACAUUUGACUGUUUUACUCUUUAUGUCUGUAUUAGGGUGGGUUAUCAUACAGAUUGUUUUCAUGUUUCAAACAGAGGUUAAUUGACGGAGACUGACCUGUAGCAGCCCACAGUGCUGGGAAUGCUCUGGUUUCAGAGAAACCGCGUAUCAGGAGUUAUCAUAUGAGAUGUCUUCAACUCACUGUACCUGGGGGUUCAUAAAAUGAAUACUAUAUUGUGCUAAAUGGAGAAGUGCGUAUUGAGCAGCUAAUAUUGUACCGGUAUUCACAAUGGAACACAAGAUAGAACAAAGUGCAACAGAUCCAAUGGUUCUCACAGAGAAAGGUUGUAGAGAAGAACUUUAAGUGAUCUAAGUGAAUGUCUCAUCAUGACCCAAGCUUCACCACUUCCAUGUUUUAACAUCAACUAUGAUGAGUAUCUUAUCAUAUUCACAAGAAAACAAAUCAAAUGCUUGACUUUUAUUGUUUAAAAUUGUGUUUUUGAAGCAAAAAUCUUUAAAAGCAUUUUUGUACUCUCUAAAUGGAAAGGUUUCUUUUCCACUCCUGACUGCGAGCUUGUGCACUGUGACUGUGUCAGUGGAUUGUCUUGUCGUCACUUUCAAUAAUAUCUACAUAGCUUUGUCAUGAAAGGUUUACCUAUAUAUUCUUUUUAAAAUGGUAUCUAUGAAAACAGUACAGCAAAUGACUUAAUAUGGUCAUUGUGACACAUACAGUAUAUAUACAGUUGUUGAUCUCUCCCCGUCACACAGCGGUCUACUGUGGCCUGUAACACAGCCUGGGGAGAUAUGUUGAGUUUUUGGCAUGAUGAAUUCAAACUGUACUUUAUCAAAUAUGUGUAACAGAAACCCAAAUAGACAUACCUAUAUUUAUUUAGGCAAUGUGAGUUUCAUAUUGAGUUAUGAGAGGGAGUUAUCAGAAUGAGGUCUGUUCAGGCCUAUAAAACGCUUUAUUUUAGUCCCCAGUUGUUGUUCAAGUGUUCUGUAAUGUUGUCUUUGAAUUGAUUUUGUUUUUGUACAAUAGCAGGCAUCAUGAGCUUGUUGCCUGUUGACUUUAUAAUGCCAGAGACGGAGGGCAGGUUGGUAAUCUGACAACAGUAGAAAACAACACUCCAACAUGUUCAUAUGUUGUACUGCCACUUUCAUGUAAACAAUCAUUCCCCUCAGUAUUUCAGUGGCAUAGAACAGUCAUGCCAGAACCUGUACAAUACAACCCUGCUGUUGUCAUCCUCCCACCCUGUCCCUUGUCUCUGGAGCCUCUUGUUCUUAUUGGGUCAAACCCAGUGGACCGUUCUGCUCUCAGCGGUGUACAGUCUGAAUACUAACCAAUUUACAAAAUAAAACAAGGUUUUGGAACCUCA